AUUACUUAUCUGUUUAUGUCAGUAUGCUUUCCAAAAAAAACUUAUCACGACCAGAUAAUGAUCCGUGAACGGAGAAAUUGUGUGAAGAGGCAGAUAACCUCCUUUUGAAGGUCUCAAUAAUUUUUUCAGAUUUGACAAGCUGAAAACGGACAUAAAUGAUAAAAUACUCAGCGUGAUUGAUUAUAAUAGUGCCAAAUUGAUUUGUAAACAGAGAAAGUAGGAUUCGUCAAGAUUUCAGUUCAUAAACAAGUGCAAGGUUGUAAUCUGAUAAUGUGAUUCAGCACUAGAAAAUCAUCUGUCAACAACAUGGAAUGGCUUUUACUGGUCAUAAUUACAGUUGCAGCUGGUGUAGGAGUACUUCUGUUGGAAGUUGCAAAAGCCAUAUGGUGGAAACCACUGCAAAUUAAAAAGCACAUUGAAGCCCAAGGGAUUCAAGGUCCUCCUUAUAAGCUACUCUAUGGAAACGCUCCAGAUGUUCGUAGAAUGGCCAGGGAGCAGAGCACUAAGCCACUGCCCUUUUCAGAACACAAUAUUUUUCUCCAUGUUCUUCCUGCUUUUCAUCAGUGGCGGAAGACCUAUGGACAGAAUAUUGUUUACUGGUUUGGGACUAAACCCAGGCUCUAUGUUGCUGAUCCUGAGCUUGUGAAAGAAGUAUUACUGAACAAGGAUGGGCACUAUGAAAAAAUUCCAAAUAAGCAACUGGGAUUUGAAGGCCUUGUGAGAUUAGAAGGCGAGAAAUGGGCACAACAUAGAAGAAUCAUCAAUCCUGCCUUUCAUGUCGAACUCUUGAAGCAGGGCAUGAUUCCCUCAUUUGUAGAAGCUACCAGUAAUAUGUUGAGAGAGUGGAGUAAAUUGGUAUCUUCAGGUGCCAAUGAAAUUGAUAUCGUAAGUGAAUUUCCUGUUCUUACUUCAGAUAUUAUUUCACGUACAGCAUUUGGAAGCAGUUAUGCAGAGGGGAAUCACAUUUUCCUUUUACUGAAACAACGAAUCCUUAUCUUACUUGAAUCAAUUCGCAGUGUUUAUAUUCCAGGUUCAAGAUUUCUUCCUACAAGAAAGAAUUGGCAACGAUGGUGUUUGGAUAAAGAAAUCAGUAGAUGUGUGAGACAGGUGAUUGAACGCAGAGAGAGGACUGCUGCCGUUGAAAACUCAGAGGACUAUGGUAGUGAUCUACUUGGACUAAUGAUGACUUCCAACAAGCAACAGGAGGGAGGAAAUAAAAUGAGAAUGAGUAUAGAUGAAAUAAUUUCAGAAUGCCUGACUUUCUAUAUAGCUGGUCAGGAAACUUCAUCAACUCUCUUGACAUGGACCAUGGUCUUGCUGGGAAUGCAUCAGGAUUGGCAAGAACGAGCACGGAGAGAGGUCUUACAAGUAUCUGGCAAAAAUGACCUUCCAAAUGCAGACACUGUGAAUGGCCUAAAGAUUGUAGGAAUGAUUAUGAAUGAAUCCUUGAGACUUUAUCCACCAGUAGUGGCAUUAUACAGACAAACAAGUAAGCAAACGAAGCUUGGAAGGUUCUCACUUCCUGCAGGCACUCAAAUUCAACCUUCAAUCCUUGCAAUGCACCAUGACCCAGCUUUGUGGGGGCAUGAUGUGCAUGAGUUCAAUCCAGAGCGGUUCAGCCAAGGAAUCUCAAAUUCUGCCAAGCAUCCAAUGGCAUUCAUCCCAUUUGGAUUUGGCCAAAGGAUCUGCAUUGGUCAAAACUUUGCACUUCUGGAGGUCAAAGUGGUAUUGUCCAUGAUUCUGCAAAAGUUCUCCUUUGUGAUUUCACCUGAUUACAUCCAUGCUCCUGUGGAAGAAUUCACACUUAAUCCCCAACAUGGAGUUAAGGUCAUCCUCUGCAUGAAUGAAAUUUAACAGCGAAGGAUCUAAAGUAAAUAGAGAAUAAUCUGAGAUCACAAACUGCGAUACUUUUAAGCUGUGUUUCAUUUGAUUAUAGUAUGUUUGAUAAAAAGAAGUAUUUAUAUAUAUAAAUAUUAGUGCAAGGAUUUUGAUAUAUUUAAUAUAUAUCAUAAAAGAUUUGAGUUCUGUAUCAUCUAGGUGUCUAUAAUAUGAGUUUUGUCAUUAAAUCAAGUGUAAACUUUCCAAACUUCAUUUGUUCACUUGUUUGUUUCGACUAAUAUCAUUGUAAAAUUGCUUA